AUGCCACCAUUUGUUGGUAUUUGUCGUUUGUCCUUAUCCUCCAGCCUCACUUGCCAGAAGUGUGGAGAUGUUCAUGUCACUGCCCUGUCAGAGCCCAUGUCCCACCGCGACGUCUUUGAUUUCAAGAGCCCAGUAGCACGUCCGCCGAAGGGUAGGCAAAAUGAGGGAAACAAACUCCCCCCAGCUAUGCAAUCGAUGGAGCAGUUGCAAGCAGUGAGCCGUGCUACCAUAUGGAAGGAGGAGGCCAACAAGUACCGGAUUCAAGACAACAAAGAUGGUGAGGAGGUCUUCUACACAGUGGAGCAAACUGAUUCGUGUUUUACAAACUACUUCGGCAUUAUUGUGGGUGCGCUGAUUUCGUAG